CACCGAGAUUCCCACCCGAUUCCUUGUUCCUGGCUUCCACGGGGUUUCUGCCCUGUACCGUGCCGACGGCCCGAUAAAUGCCCUCCGGUCAUCUCUCGCUUUAACCCUUGCAGACAACCGACUUCUUCACUUCUGGCGCACCGCUCCGUGCUCGACGAUAAGAUCAAUUUCAGGCGCACUUUCGUCCUUUCACCACUUCACCAUGCGCGAUCCUCCAUCAAUCUCGAAUUCCAGGGUCCUGGAUCCCGAAUACUACCAAGGAGCUACCGACACACUCGACACGCCGGAGCCAGCGUGCGAGGAUCAGCCGCUUCUCCGUGCUCCUGAUGAGGUUUCGUGGAAGGCUCCGCGCGGGUUUGUCUGGAUCCAGCUAGCCAUCAUGUCCAAUGUUUUCCUGUACGGACUCGACAGCACCAUCACAGCCUCGACCUAUGCCGUCAUCAGCUCCGAGUUCGGCGCGGCCAACACGGCAUCUUGGUUGACCACGUCGUAUCUCGUUACCAGCACGGCGUUCCAGCCUCUGUACGGCCGGGUGUCGGAUAUCUUUGGGCGCCGCUUGUGCUUUUUUAUUUCGACCACCACCUUUGCAGCCGGGUGUCUUGGGUGCGGUGUUGCAAACAACGUCGUCUUUUUGAAUUGUAUGCGAGCCUUGACUGGCUUUGGUGGAGGCGGUUUGAUGACUAUGGCAACCAUUGUCAACUCAGACAUGAUCCCGUUCCGCAAGCGCGGCAUGUACCAAGCUCUGCAGAACGGCAUCUACGGAUUCGGGGCCGUAUCCGGGGCGUCGUUUGGAGGCACCAUUGCCGACCGCAUUGGAUGGCGAUGGUGCUUUCUGCUCCAAGUUCCCAUCUCCAUCAUGGCCUUUGCCAUUGGUGCGCUCGUUGUAUCAAAUCAGUCAGCCAGACUCUCUCUCGACAACGGGCUCGGGGCUGUUUGGAAGCGAGUCGACUUUGUUGGCGCCGUCGUGCUCGUUCUAGCCGUCUCUGUUCAGCUCGUCGGUCUCAGUCUUGGAGGGAAUGAGCUGCCCUGGGGAAGCCCGUGGGUCAUUGGAUCUCUAGUCGGCAGUGUUGGUCUAUUUGCUCUGUUCAUGCUGGUUGAGUCCAAGACGACUGCGAUUCCCAUCAUCCCUCUGCGCCUGCUUCAUGGCAGACUUCCUAUCGCUACGCAAGUGACAAACAUCUGUGCUGGAAUGGCAGCCUACGGCUACCUAUUCAUGCUUCCAUUGUUCUUCCAAGUCGUUCUUCUAGACUCAGCGACGACAGCUGGCGCUCGCCUCGCGAUCCCCUCGUUGGCGACGCCGAUUGGAGGCGUUAUUGCUGGUCUUGUCAUGUCUCGCUGGGGUAAAUUGAUUGCCCUCGUGCGCACCGGGGCUAUUCUCAUGGCCUUUGGAAAUGCCCUGGUAACAUCUUUGGGGUUUGAAGAUUCAACCUGGAAGUAUUUCGUCUAUGUGUUCCCUGCAAAUCUGGGACAGGGUAUCAUCUACCCAGGAAUUCUUUUCACCUCGUUAGCUUCAUUCGAUCAUGCUGACCAUGCGGUCUCGGCCUCAACUGUCUACCUCAUUCGCUCACUAGGUACCGUCUGGGGUGUCUCAGUCACUUCCGCCAUUGUGCAAACUACGCUCAGCGUCCGCUUGCCGGACGCUCUGAGCGAGGUACCUGAUAAAUGGAGAAUUAUUGACGAGAUUCGCCAUUCAGUGGAUGUCAUCCGUCACCUACCUCCUAACGUGCAGCUCAAGGCGCGCCUGGUGUACUACGAUGGACUUCGAUAUGCCUUUGGAGCCUCGACUGCGGUGGCCUGCUUGGGAAUAUGCGCCGCUCUCCUUGCCAGCGGAACUGGUCUCCGGACAACCCACAAAUAGACCUGGCCGCCCAGGAAUGGGCAAUUUAGUACUAUGUACAAGAAAUGGAGGGAUGCCAUCCAGCGAGCGAUGGAGUACAGUUGUCAACGCACAGGCGUGAACAUCGAGCUCGACGCUCAACCAGUGUCCUAUCAACUAGGACGCUUCGAGGAAAUUUCACGGCGUUUAAAAGCAGUAGAAUAGAAUAAAUU